AUGGGACUUACACUUGGUCUUGCCUCAUUGGCAUUUCUUCUUCCCUUCGUUAGUGCGCAAGCCCAUUGCAAUGCAGGCACGCCUUGUCCUACCAAUAACGCGACUGUGUACAACGCGACCAAUGCCCCCAACUGCACCGUCAGGGAUAUCCAAGUAUUUGUGAACGGGCUCUCGGGGCUCGGCGGCGCCAACUUGAGCGUUCCCUACGCUUUCUAUCUCGAUAGCAAUGAGACCCGCGACGCGUUCACGGACUAUGUUGGCGCCUCGACCUUCACCAAUGACAUUCCUAACGUGUGUGCUUUCCGCGUCAACGGAGUGAAUGCAGAGGGGGCGAACUGGGGCUUGGGGGCCCUUGUUCCGGAAAGCUUCAACGGCAGUAUCAUGAUGGCUGCUCCGGACGUUGGUCUGUCGUGGGGUGUGGCCAGUGCUGGGCUGUAUUACAAAUUUGUAACCUUCGCCUCCAAUUCGGGUCAUGACGAGCCCGACUACGUUUCUGGCUGGGAGACCGCAAAUGGUUUGAUCGACUGGAGCCACCGGGCAUUGCACAUGUCCACCCUCACUGCCAAGGCCAUUGUCAACGGAUGGUUUGGCAUUGAGCCUAAGCACAGCUACAUCACAGGAUGCGCCGAGGGAGGUCGACAGGUCAUGAAGUCCAUCCAGACCUACCCUGAGGAUUACGAUGGUGCGAUGGCAGGUGCCCCGACGUGGUGGGCCACGCACCAGGCGUUCUACAGCUACAAGCAGUCUAUCAUCGGUGACGCGGCUGCUAACAUCCCGACUUCGAUGUAUGAGGUCAUCGGUGCGGAGGUGCUCCUCCAGUGCGAUGCCCAAGAUGGUCUCUUGGACAGGAUCAUCUCGGACCCUGUUGGCUGUUUCUUCAACCCGGCCACACUGGCCUGCAGCAGCAACCGAACAACUGAUUGUUUGACCCCGCCGCAGCUGGACACACUACACAAGAUCUACAACGACUGGACCACCUUCAACCAAGAUCUCAUCUACCCCGGAGAGUGGUUCGGCACCGAGUUCACCUGGAACACCACCUUCAGCGAUAGCGCCCGUGGAGCCUGGUACAUCGAGAACGUUCUGGGCUUCAAGAACUUCACAUCGCAGGACCUGACCUCCGAGCUCAUUGCCAAGGCCGACGCCCUUGACCCUGCAAAUGUCAACGCGGACGAUUUUGACCUGGAGCCCUUCUUCAGCCGUGGCGGAAAGUUCAUCCAUUGGCACGGCAUGUCCGACUCCGUGGUCUCGCCCGCGUCCAGUGUAUACUACCAUGACCAUGCCGAGUAUGCUGCCCUGCAGAAGAACAUCUCCAUCGACGACCACUACCAGCUCUACCUGAUCCCUGGCCUGGAACACUGCAGCGGCACCCCAUCAUGCAUGGACGCCCUCUGGUAUCUCGCCGGUCCCUACCAAGCCGGUGCUUGGUUCAACUUCACCCCCGCGAAUGUGGUCGAUGACCUCGUGCACGACUCCUUCUUUGCCCUGAUCGACUGGGUCGAAGUCGACUACGCACCCGGAUACAUGGUCACGACCAGCUUCGACGAUGCCGAAGAGCCAACCACCCUCCUCAACAACCGGAAGAUCUGCGCAUAUCCCCAACUCGCCAACUGGACCCGCACCGGUGUCUCCAACCACGAGGACUACUGGGACUGCGUCUACCCGUACCACCACCUCGGGGCGGGCUACGGUCCUUCCCUGAUCAGCAAUUAAUGGUUU